AUGUCGUCAUCGUCUUCCAGUGCCAGAGCACCGGCCAAUAAGGAUCGAAAAAUGCAAUCUGCUGAAAACCUUGUACUUGAUCUCCGCAACCCUAAUCUUCGUAAAAAUGCUCUUAUUGAAUUUUCCAAGAAGAGGGAACUUUUCCAGGAUUUGGCCCCGUUAUUGUGGCACUCAUUUGGUAGUAUCUCUGCAUUCCUACAGAAGAAAGUUUCUAUCUACCCUGUUUUUUCGCCACCAAUCCCGACUCCUGCACAAUCCAAUGGAGUUUGUAAUGUACUAGCACUUCUUCAGGUAGAUGACACUGAAGUUAUUAGUUUUCUUGUUUCGACGGAGAUAAUUCCGCAUUGCUUGUGCACGAUGGAGAUGGGGAGUGAACUAUCAAAAAACAGUUUGUGGUUCCCCAAAGCCAUUUUCCAAUUACAUCCUCCCUUGAGUUGA